UAAUUAACCAGCUGCUGUGGGGUUGCUACACAGCCUCACCUCCUGCAGCACCAACUGUACUUCAGACCUUUGAACGCAAACAAAUGCACAAACAUUCGACUUCUAAACAUGUAGUGGAAAUCUACAUCAUUGUUUAGAAGAUCAGACGAAAGACUGGCCAGAAACAAGCAAGCUGGUCUGGUUUGGAGAGAACCAUUGAGCUAAAUGGAUCUGCUGAAAUCCUGAAAAAAAAAAAAACUUGGAAGAUUCAAAAGUGUUGCAGGGACUCACCUUCUAUACUUAUACUUCAAUGAUACUUAAAAUUGAAAUAAAUAAAUCCCCUUGAAACUAGAAUAAAUGUGCAUGUCUAACAACAUUGGAGGCCAUUUAAAAAUUGCCCCCAUCUUCAUUAAAUUUAACACAAACAAAUGACAACAAAGCAAAUUCUGGGAGCUGUGUAAAACUUCAUUGGGUUGCGCCGGGUUCUGAGCACUUCUUUUGUUCAACUGUCAACCAGACAUGAACAGCGCAGACAUUUCCUUCACCACAACAAACAGGUUGGGGCAGAUGAAAAUUCUAAAAACAAAACAAAAUGUCAAUUAAAUGAACCACUGCUGCUGUUCCUUUUACACUGUCAAAGAAAAACGGAGGAAAUAAAAGAAGAGUAGGAGCAAAGAUACUCCAGCAGUCGCUGGUUCCAGUGGGAGGCUUCAGCGUCUGUGGUCAAAAUAUAAACAAAUGGUUUGCCCUACGCUGUCAUCACUGGUUACUGGGUGGAGCACUGUCAUUAAAGCUCCUGGAAACAUGCAGGAAAAAAAAGAAAGUGAAAGAGUAAAGGGACGGUUAGGGAGAACAGGAUAAAUAUAACUUCAGACAGAGAAAGAAAGAACUGGAAAUCUUUUUUUAAAAGCACAGAAAGAAGAAAUCGACUGGGACAAAGACAAAAUCAAGAGGUUAUCUCAGAUUUUCAAUGUCGGAGCGGGUAAGACUUUUAUUUUCUAGUAGCAUUUUGAAAGGAUUGACACUACGAUGGUUGUACGAGUGCAGGAAGACCAGUUUUAGCAUUGUCGUUCCACAGGUUUCGUGUUGUAUACUGCUUGACGCUUUAGGAUUCAGCAUGACUGCUUUGUAUUUGUGCUGACAAGUGAUCACAGUUGAUCCUGUUGUUUUUUUUUUCUCUGCAGUAGCUGAACAGAGAUGAACAAAGCUCCUCUGCCUGCAGUGAUCCAAGCAGGCAGCGGGAGGGCGCUGUCUAGAGCAGGGUUUUUGUCACUUUUGAACACCUACAACUGUUACCUGAAGGACCAGACUCAGCUGCACCUCACCUAUUCUCAGGGGCAUGGUGGGCAGGUGAUAGUGGAGGGCUUUCUGAACAUCUCCUGGGGAGUACGACGACCAAUCAGACUGAAGAUACAGGAUGACAAACAGAUUCUUCCCCUUCAGUCUCCAACUUCAGUUGAUCCCACCAGUCAAAACAGCCCCCUUGGGAGCAAAAGUACUAUGUCACGAUGGGGAGAAUACAGCGAGGUUCACCAGAUAAAGGAGCCAGAGGCAGCACAAGAAACAAUCUUCACAGAUCCUCUACCAGAUCCCGUCAGCCCAAUCAGCCCUCUGGGGAGCAAAAGCACUAUGUCACGAUGGGGAGAAUACAGUGAGCUUCACCAAAUAGAUGAGAUGGCAGAGACAGAGGCAGCACAGGAAACAGUCGUCAAAGAUCCUUUGCCAGGGCCUCCGGUUUAUGAGACCGCCACCCUGCGUCCUAUGAGGCACAGGAGCCCUGAGCUGGAGCCAGAGUCCAACCUUGUUCGCUGCAUGAGCGAUGUCUCGUUGGUGAAGAGGAGGAAGGGCAGGGGCAAGUCAGCAGCACAAAGAGAGAAAGAAAAACAGCAUCGCUUUUCUAUCAACGGACAUUUUUACAACUACAAAACCUCUAUAUUCACUCCAUCAUUUGACACUUCAACUAAAGUUCGCAUCUCGAGCAGGAUGACCACAGACCAAGUCAUCGAACAGCUGCUAAACAAGUUCAAGAUAGAAAAUGAUCCACAGGAGUUUGCAUUGUACUGUGUUCACCAGAGUGGAGAAAAAAGAAAGCUGAGUCACAGAGAUCAUCCACUGUGGGAACGAAUCCUGCAGGGUCCCUCUGAUGACAUCAUGAAGGUAUUCCUAAUGGACAUGCAUGAAGAAGAAGUCAGCAAUGACGUUGCUCAGUAUCUGAACUUGGAGCUACCCAUCUUGGAUCAGUUUCUGCUCAAACUCAGAGAGGAGGAAAACAGAGAGAUUCAAAGGGUCAUCAACAAGUACCAACACCAGCACAGACUGCUGUCUCAUAUGCUGAGCUUUAAGACGUCCCCUCACAUUGAGACCAGUGUCUGACCACUUCCGAACUCAGUGAAAGGAAGAAAAAGUAUCUCUGAGGAACUCUAAACAUCUGAAAAACUUUUUCUUAUUCAUAACAUUUAGGCUAUGAAAAGGAGUUUGGAAAACAACAUAAAAAACA